GGCGGUGGAGGCGAAUACUCGCCGCGUGCUCUCGCCGAUCUCGAAUUCACUGUUUCAUCGAUGGAGUUCCCAGCUUCGAUAAUCAUCCUUGCCGCUAUGCUGUACUUCGCUGAUCCUGGAUCAACCUGUAAAACAACACUGCCACCCAAUGGACCGCGCCUGAUGAAGGCAAAAGCUGUCUUUGGAGAUAUCAUGCGAACGUGCAAGAAAGAAAUUCUUGAGUAUACAAAAACUGUUCCGCCUCAGAAGGUGCAUCAGGUGCUUGCAAUUGUAUGCUCUAUGUACAACGCGUGCCUUCCUCUGGCUGAAGAGCAGAACCUGAAACCGGUGUUUGAUUGCGGCCUGUCAAUGAUGAUGAAUAAGAGUUCGACACUAUAUACGAAGCUAGACUUGCCUAUUGAGUACACCUACGCGGGAGAGAAGGCUUUGGGGGCGCACGUGCUCAAGGAGCCCCACACGGUCAAGACGCCGCUCGCCGUCGAAGGGAAGAAGCCGCUCCAGAUCACGUGA